GGGUUUGGUGUGAUCAACAGACGGGCGAGAUGACAAGAGCAGGAAAAAAUCAACGGCCAAAAUUGCGUCGUUGAAAUCACUGUCUACUUGUCAGCUAAAAUGCCCCCAUUUCUAAAUUCUAUGCGGACCGCAUCUUAAAUUGAUGAAAUUUCGCUUGUAAAAUUUUCCCGAUCAUCAUAGUUUUUAAAAUUUCUUGCUGAUCUUCAUCCGCAUUUUUUUCUAGCGAUUUGAGGUCUUUCGGCUUUGUGCUUUUGCAGUGCUUUCUUUUUAACUUUUUUUGGGCGAUUUUAAAGCGGGGAACGCGGUUUUAUCGUAUCAUUUGGUGGCUUCUUGUGCGGACGAGCGAAAAUGGCGGAACAUACUGAGGACGCUGCAUCUUUACUUGACAGCGUGCUGGAGACCAUUCAUGAUAAGCUUCCAGGCCAUCACUCAUCAUCAGAUUCAGAUUCUGAUGAUGAAAAAUCAAAGAAGAAAUCCGAGGUAUCCUCAGCUGCAGCUUCAGUUACAGCUUCCGUAAAUCGUCUCUUCGGUCGGCAAAAACCUGUGCAUAGUCUCUUUGGUGGAGGCAAAUCUGCCGAUGUUAUACUAUGGAGGAAUAAACAAGUCUCUGCUAGUGUUCUGGUUGGAGCUACUGCAAUUUGGUUUCUAUUUGAAUGUAUGGGUUAUCAUUUGCUUACGCUUAUUUGCCAUCUGCUGAUACUUAGCAUCACGGUUACGUUCUUGUGGUCGAAAGGAUCAGCUUUCAUUAACAAGCAAUCGGCAGACAUUCCAAAGGUAGCAUUCUCAGAGGAGAUGUUUCAGAAUGUGGCUUCAGCUUUUAGAUUUGAAAUCAAUCGCUUAUUUGCUGUGUUGCACGAUGUUGCAUCUGGCAAAGACCUGAAAAAAUUUGUUGUGGUUGUUGCCGGUCUCUGGAUACUCUCUUUGAUUGGUAGCUGCACAAGCUUCUUGACUCUCUUUUACGUUGCUUUUUUGAUAGCACAUACAGUGCCUCUCCUGUAUGAAAAAUAUGAGGACCAGAUCGAAUCCUUUGCAGAGAAGGCAUGGGAAGAAAUAAAGAAGCAAUAUAGGAUAUUUGAUAUUAAAGUUCUGAGCAAGAUUCCAAGAGGGCCACUCAAGGAGAAGAAAUUCUAGACAGGCUUCUCUGCUUUUAAGAACAUGCUAUUAAAAGGAGUACAUUUGUUGUUUUUCUCUUUUAUUAUUUUGGCUUGCGUCUUCCAAAAACGAUUGGUGUAGAGGGUGGCAUUUUUGUUUUCUUAGUUGCAUCCGAUGUAAUUUUGAACUUGAUGAGCUACAUAGUUUCUGUUUCUAAUUGUUUAGAAUUGCCCUCAAUAUCUUCGAAAGUAUUUCUCAUUUCUGUCGAUGUGCUCUGACUGUUUACAACAAACGCACUCAGGCAAUCUGCACAAACAAUGAUGGCCACUAAUUUAUUGUGAUAGAACUUAGCUUGCACCACACUACAGAAUUUUAUUCCUCUCCAGUAUAUUUUUUCUGUAAUCAUAACAUGCAUUGUAACAUUCUGUUGCAUCUAUCAACCUUGGAUAUUACAUAUAUUAUUGAGAGGCGCCAAUUAUAUCUUUUUAA